AUGGUCUUUCUCGAUGAAGAUGAUAUAACAUCGGAUUCACUUUCAUUUCUAAAUGAUCACAUUGUUUCAAGAAAAUUAUGUGAUCCAAGAGUUAGACAGUAUUCUGGAUAUUUAAACAUUGCACCAGAUUCAAAUAUGUUUUUUUGGUUUUUUGAAUCUCGUAAAGAUCCAAAAAAUUCACCAUUAACAUUAUGGCUUAGUGGUGGACCUGGUUAUUCUUCAAUGUUUGCAUUGUUCCAAGAAGUUGGUCCUUGCAAAGUAAAAAGGAAUAUGAACAAAAGCAGAUUGUCUGCGAAUAGUUGGAAUGAAGCGACAAAUUUGUUAUUUAUUGAUCAGACUUAUUUUUCUCUACUUACAGAUAAGCCCUUGUUAGGUCCACAGUUAAUCGAGGCGAUGCGUGAUACAUGGAUAUUAUGCAAACAUAAUAUUGAUGAAUGUUAUAAAACUAACACGACACAGGAUUGUAUCGCAGCUAAUAUAACUUGUUGGGAUGGUUACAAUGGAAUAUUUACUCAAAAUUCUGAUGCUGGCCUUUAUGAUAUUCGUACCAAAAAUGACAUUCCAGUUCCUGUAUAUAAAAAAUACUUGGAAAAUCCUUUGGUUUUGGAAUCAAUCGGUGUUAAUACUACUGAAAUAACAAAUUAUUUAGAAUUAAAUGAAGAAAUUCUUUUUAGAUUUACUGAUUCUGGUGAAUUGAUGCAUUCUACAAUGUCUCAAGUAGAAUUUCUUCUUGAUAAUAAUGUACCAAUAAUGUUCUUCACCGGUGAUGCUGAUUACAUUUGCAACUGGUUGGGUGGUAAUGAAAUGGCUGAAUCAUUGAAGUGGAAGCGUCACCAGGAAUUUAAGAAUGCCGUAUUCCAAGAAUGGACAAUAGGUGACGUAAAAGUUGGGGAGAUUAGAAAAGUUGAAAAUUUAUG